CUUGCAUCUUGUCAUCGCGAAGGCUAAAUGCACGUGCGAACAUUUUAAUUCACUAUCUCUUAUCAUUCCCUUAUCUUAAUGCGUUAGUGUACACUCGUUAUGCCCUGAUUUAAUAUAGUAUUUAAAAUGGAAUGCGACGAAGUCUCAACUACCCAAGAUAGCAGCCUUUUGAGAAGCCGUAAGAAAAUAAAAAAACUUCCGUAUCCAAAAGCAGUUGGCUUCAUAGUGACAAAUGAGUUCUGCGAAAGAUUUUCUUACUAUGGAAUGCGAGCAAUUCUGUCGCUAUACUUGCGAGACAAGUUGGGAUAUAGUGACAACGGUGCGACCGUGGUGUACCACACCUUCACAAUGUUUGCGUACUUCUUCCCCUUGAUGGGGGCCAUGAUCGCUGAUGGAUGGCUGGGCAGAUUCAGAACAAUAUUCUACCUAUCACUUGUAUACGCAUCGGGAAGUGUCCUAAUAUCUUUGACAGCUAUGCCGCCAAUCAACUUGCCGCAAAUGGAAUUCACUAUAAUAGCACUUCUGUUAAUAGCAUUCGGAACAGGAGGAAUAAAGCCCUGUGUCUCCGCCUUCGGCGGCGAUCAGUUCAAGUUGCCCGAACAAGAGAGAUACUUGGGCUAUUUCUUCUCCUUGUUCUAUUUUGCUAUUAACGCUGGAAGUCUUAUAUCGACUUUCCUAACGCCAAUACUGAGGGCCGACGUCCAUUGCUUCGGGGACAAUGAUUGCUACUCGCUGGCGUUUGGUAUUCCCGGAAUCCUAAUGGUAAUUUCUAUUGUGUUCUUCGUGGCCGGGAAAAGACUGUAUAUAAUCAAACAACCGGCCGGAAACGUGCUUGGCAAGGUUUCAACUUGCAUCGGCCACGCAAUAGUGCAAUCGUGUAAAAGCAAAGAGAAGCGCAAACAUUGGCUGGACCACGCGAGCGGCAAGUACGACACGGAGCUCAUAGAAGACAUCAAGUCUUUAUUGAGGGUGCUCGUGCUGUUCAUACCGUUGCCUGUGUUUUGGGCGCUGUUCGACCAGCAGGGGUCAAGAUGGACGUUCCAAGCGGACCGAAUGGAUCAAGACAUCGGAAGUUGGACGCUGAAGGCCGACCAAAUGCAAGUCCUCAAUCCGCUAUUGAUUUUAGUAUUCAUCCCACUAUUUGAAGUUGCUAUAUAUCCAUUUUUGACCUGGACCAAACUAAUAAGAAAGCCUUUGCACAAAAUGAUAUGGGGAGGAAUUUUAGCGGCUGCGGCGUUCGUCAUAUCUGGUAUUGUCGAACUUAAUCUCUUGCCUACCUAUGGGACACCGGUAUCAGAAGGUUUAGCGCAAUUGAGAAUAUACAACGGUUUCGAUUGCAAUUUCACAUUAACUCUUCAGAACCACACCAAACACUUCAAUGAAACAGAAAACUUCCUCAUAACCCCCCUUGGAAUGUUCGAGAAAUUAGACAUUGAGGCUGAACAUUCGAUUGAACUACCUUAUUCUCUCAGCGGACAGGGGAACGCUAAUUGCUCGAACAUAGUGUACAAAGGCAGCUUUAUGUUAGAGGAAAAAAAAGCUAACUCCUUCUUUAUUACAACAGAUAUGAUGUAUAACUUUACUGAUAAUAACGACAAGGCGAUAGAUGGUGUUAAUGUAAGGUUUUUAUCAAAUGUACAUGGAUUUCUUCCCAUACAAAUAUAUGACAGAAAAAAAAAUAGGACAGUAUUUAGGGUUAUGACUGAUGACACGUUUCAAAAAUCAAUAGGGAAAGGCACUUACGAUGUGAUAGUUAAUGAACAAACGGUCCUUGAGAGUUUUCAAUUUAUGUCCGGAGCUGUGUAUACUUUCAAUGUUUACGGAGCCCCUGAUGGAAGAUACCUAAUAAACGCCCACACAAUAACGCCACCGAACAGCAUCCACAUAUUGUGGCUUGUCCCGCAAUACGUAGUGAUGACGAUGGGCGAGGUCAUGUUCUCCGUAACGGGGCUCGAGUUCUCGUUCACGCAAGCGCCAGCGAGUAUGAAGUCCGUAUUGCAGUCUGUGUGGUUGCUAACCGUGGCGUUUGGCAACUUGAUUGUGGUUCUCAUCGUGGAAGGGAACUUUUUGGAUGCUCAGUGGAAAGAAUUCUUCUUGUUCGCUGGUCUCAUGUUGGUGGACAUGUUCAUAUUCAUGGCGAUGGCUUUCCGAUACAAGUACGUGGAGUUAAGGUCGAGUGUAGAACAGUUACCAGUGGAAGAAAUAAGACUGCCCGACAAGCCUAGCAAAAACAACUAGAUUAAGUUUAAUUGUAUAAAUAAAUUGUUUAAAGCGUC